AUGCGGCUCCUGCAGUACAGCGAGAGCGGAGAGCUUAGUAUACAUAGCUUCGACGAUGGCGCAAUACCUCCCUAUGCGAUACUUUCACACACCUGGGGAGCAGAUGGAGACGAGGUGUCGUUCGCCGACGUCGAAACAGGCGAUAGUAGGACUAAGCCAGGCUAUAGAAAGAUUAUCUUCUGCGGAGAACGGGCACGGGAUAACGGGUUAGAAUACUUUUGGAUUGACACCUGUUGCAUCAACAAACUAAAUAGGGCUGAAUUAUCCUACGCCAUCAACUCUAUGUUUCGCUGGUACCAGAACGCAGUAAAAUGCUACGUUUAUCUGUUAGAUGUUCCAUCAGAGAAGCGGAAAGUAAGCGAUGAAUACACCAGAACUUGGGAGCAAGACUUCCGAGCGAGUAAUUGGUUCACUCGGGGCUGGACUCUCCAGGAGCUUCUUGCCCCAAGCGCGGUCGAGUUCUUCUGUAGUGAAGGCAAGUUGCUAGACAAUAAGAUAUCACUGGCGCAGCAAAUUCAUGAGAUAACCGGGAUCCCCAAAUUAGCAAUUACGGGAACGCGACUAUCUGAGUUCUCCAUCAAUGAACGACUAUUAUGGAUACAGCACCACCAGACUAAGUUUGAAGAAGACAAAAUAUACUUAUUGUUGGGCAUUCUCAACGUUUAUAUAACUCCUUUCUACGGAGAAGGAACCACAAACGUACGCCUUAUAGAUCCACUUGACGACAAGAAGCGCAUCAUUAACACAAAGGGAGGCCUACUGGAGGGGUCGUACCGCUGGGUCUUGAACAAUCCUAGCUUCAAGAAAUGGCGUAGUGAUUCACAAGGCCGAUUGCUGUGGAUUAAAGGUGAUCCCAGUAAAGGAAAGACAAUGCUACUUUGCGGUCUUACCGAUGAACUCAAAAAGUCGAGCUCCCACAGCCUAUCCUUCUUCUUCUACCAAGGUACAAACUUGGCUCUCAACAACGCCACUGCUGUGCUACGCGGCCUACUCUUCUCGCUCGUUAGCCAGCAGCCGUCGUUGGCGUCGCACCUGCGGAAGAGAUGUUUACGAGCAUUAUACUUGACCCUGACCUACCUAGUUGUCGACGCCCUUAAUGAAUGCAUCGCAGAUUUGCCUAAGCUUUUAGACUUAAUCAUCUUUACCUUAUCGUCAUCAAACCGCAUCAAGUGGCUCCUGUCGAGCCGGAACGAACUUCCCAUCAAACAAAAGCUAAAGUCGAUCAACGCUCAGGCAAGGCUCAGCCUAGAGCUAAAAGAGAACGCGGAACAGGUCACUCAUGCUGUCAACAUGUAUAUCGACGAGAAGCUGUCCUAUAUCGAGUCACUUGAGGAUGCUACCCUACGAAGUCAAGUGCGAGAGGUAGCCCUCGUUGUGCAAGAGCUCGAAAAGCCUAAGAGCUGGGACCCACUAGAGGUGGUACAAGAGGCUCCAGUCGGGCUACAUCAGCUGUAUGAUCGUAUGGUAGAUCAGAUUCAGAAGCUUCCGAAGAGGAACUUAGAGAAGUGCCAAUUACUACUUUCCACCAUCUCAGUCGCGUACCGCCCGCUUCAUUUAGCUGAGCUUGGCAGCUUGUGUAAACUGUCAGGCCAAGUAUCGACGCUAAUUAGAAACACGAGAACGCUUAUAGCCAUGUGCGGCUCAUUCCUCACCAUUCGCGAUAAUCAGGUCUACCUUAUCCACCAAUCAGUCAAAGACUACAUAAGCGAUGAGGCACGGGCUACAGUCUUCCGUCACAAAGGCGAGGUCCACUACGACAUAUUCUCUCAGUCACUCAAGCUAAUGUCUAGUACCCUGAAACGUAACAUAUAUGGCCUAAAUGCUCCAGGAUUUCCAAUUAAUGAAGUCAUAACGCCGACCACCAACCCGCUUACGACAACGCGAUACUCAUGCAUUCACUGGAUUGACCACCUCUGCGAGUCUACUAUGAACGAAAGCGCACGUUGCAACAAAGAUCUACAAGAUGGUGGUGCAAUCUAUGUGUUCCUUCAAACAUUCUAUCUAUAUUGGCUAGAGGCGCUCAGCCUUUGCAAGGUGAAGGACGCACGUCGCUUUAUCAUGUAUUUUAAAGGGGCGAUAGAGGCAGCGCCUCUCCAAGCAUAUGUGUCAGCUAUGGUCUUUAGCCCGAGGCUUAGUUUGGUCCGGAAGUUUUUCGAGAGGGAGGCACCGCCAUGGGUCUCUAUAAAGCCACCGAUGACAGAGGACUGGAGCGCGUGCCUGCAGACGCUCGAGGGCCAUAGCGGUGGGGUCAGGUCGGUAGCCUUCUCUCCCGACUCGAGGCGGCUGGCGUCGACGUCAGUAGACAAGACGGUCAAGGUCUGA